UAAGAGAACUAGUAGUAGUAGUGCAAGUUAGUGUGCUACCAAUGCAGCAAUAAAAAAUUGCUGACCUAUGAUUGAGAAUAGGGUUUUAGAACGUCUAGCCUAGCAUCGUCAGUCAGUAGCAGUGUAGUGUGACUAUACAAUCUCCAGUUUUAUAGUCGGAAAAUAGCGUGUUCGGCGCUCCGUGCCCAUGAGGGUUGCCGAAGAAGCCACCUGAAAAGCAAGAAAAAGAAGAUGUAAGCUACACACACACAUACAUACACAUACACAGCACACACAGCAAUUUAACGAGCAAAAACCAGGCUGUCUACUGUGACGUUUUAAAUUUAAUACUGUGUGUACUUAGAACAUUUUGUGUUGAACUACAUUCGGUUACACACCGUGUCUGUGAUGUCUCUUGCUAUUGAAAAGUAGCAGCUGUAGUUAAAAAUCUUUUUUACGAUUUUGUGACACAUAAAUUAUAAAGCUAUGCAUUUGGCGAACACAUAUUUAUUGUUUCACGAUUGAACUGAAUAAUGACAAAUGUAUAAUUAUAUUAUUCUUCAACUCGAUUACUGUUGUGAUACUUGAUAAAAAAAUUGUUUGAUAAAAUUGUUUGAUCAACCCUCUGUUAAAAUGGAUGAUAAAAAACUUGUUAAAAACAAGUCCAAAACAGUUUAUUCCAAACGGUUUCAAUAUCAAUGGUUCGAUGAUAAUCCUUCAUGGAGAAAUUGGGUAAAAGAAGUUCCUAAUGAACCUUCAAAAUUUUUCUGCAAGGCCUGCAAAGCUAUAUUGGCUUGUGGUGUUUCAGAAAUAAAGAAACAUUCUAGAAGAGAAAGUCAUUUGAAAAAUAUGAAGGCACAAAAUCUGGAUUGUAAUAUUAGCAAUUUCGAAAUAACAAAUAGAACAUCUUCCAUAGAAACGGUUAAUUUAGAACAAUCUGAGAUGAUUAAAUCUUUGUCCCACUCACGAAAGGAUUUUGAUUUUAACGAUCGUGUAAAAAUUGCUGAAUUAAGAUUAGCUACCUUCUUCGUUGAAAAGAAUGUAUCGUUUACAAUCAUAUCUGAUUUACUCUCACUAAUGAAAGAUAUUGGAAAUGAACACGGUAUUUUACAGACAAUGUAUUUAGAGAAGAAAAAAUUAACACAGAUUACUAAUAAUGUUUGUCAUGAGGAAACAAAUAGAAUUACUAAAGUUUUAAGAGAACAUAAAUUUUCAAUUUAUGAGAACGAAACGUCAGAUAAGAGGAACGGUAAAUGGCUGUCACUAAUGGUCCGAUAUAUAGAACCGAAAACGUUAAAUGUUAGAUGUGAAUUACUCCAAAUGAUUCACUUGGAUGCAAUCGAUUGUUCCGCUAGCAAGAUCUUCAAAUCUUUCAAAAAUGAAUUGUUGAAAAAGAACAUUUCACUUCGAUCGAUCGUUAGUCUUGCUUGCGAUAAUGCUUCAGCGACGGCGGAGGAUAAAAAUUGUUCUUUCAAAACAAUAUUAAGCGCAAAGAAUCCAGAUCUUGUUAUACUUCCUUGUGUGUGCCAUUCUUCAAUGGUGGCGGCGAAAGAGGCCUGCAAAAUACUUCCUCGAGAUUGUGAACAUUUUAUCAAAGGUAUUUCUACAUUCAUCAGUGGUAGCUCAAAAAAGACAGCUAUUUUUCGAGAUUUUAUCACGUCCUUUGAUGAAAAAUCAUCCCUGACAAUUUUGAAAUAUGCUGAAAUGAGUUGGCAAAUGCGUCACAAGUUUAUUCAAAGAAUUUUGGAAAUGUGGAAUGCCUUGGGUAAUUUUUUGAUGGAACAGACAUGCAAAAAUAUUCGUCCUACAGACGAUGAUCUAAUCUCAAUUUUUCGGAAUCCUACGACAAAAGCUUAUUUUUUCUUUUUAGAAUUUACACUUGACGCUUUCAAUAAGUACAAUGCUAAAUUCCAAACACGAAAUACCGUCAUUCACGAGUUGCAAACUUCUUCGAUGGAAUUGCUGUUUUGGUUCCUUAAAAAGUUUAUCAAACCCAACUUAUUAUUAUUAGACCCCGAAAUAUCCUGUAACCAUACCGUAAGGAAUUUGAAUUUCUCCGAUCCCAUUAAUCAGCUCUCUUUAGAGGAAAUUGAUUUUGGUGUCGAGUGUAAUGAAUAUUUGCAAGGCCAAUUGAAUCAGGGAAUUCUGUCUGAGACAGACAUCAGUCUUGUUCGAGAAUACUGCUUGCAAUUUUAUGUUAAAGCAAGUGAACACAUUCGCAAUCAUCUCCCUGUCGAUGAUACUUUUUUGCAACUAGUUAAUGUAUUUGCAAGUAGAUCCGCGUUAUUCGAUUGUGAUCGAAAUUCCACAUUUCGUAAAGUGCUUCAAGUUAAACGCAGAUUAUGCGACGUACUUGACGAAGACUCGAUUGAAAAUGAAUGGAAAUUUUUAUAUGAAAUUGACCCACGUACGAAAAACGAGUUGUCCAAGUUAUCAUUCGACGAUAUGUGGAUGAAGAUUGGCUUCUUUUCUACGAAUGACGAAAGAAACGAAUCUUGUUUUCCAAAUUUGCGUUCACUUCUUAGUGUUGUGAGAGCUCUCCCUCACUCAAAUGCUGAGACUAAGCGUGCAAUUUCUGUUAUACCAGAUGCGAAUACGAGGAAAAGGAAUGAUAUAUCGACUGAGACAUUAAAUUCAAUUUGCGUUAUAAAAUAUGCGUUAAAAAAUAAUAACAGUACUGCUCGCACCAUGACAGUGACACGUGAACAUUUAGAUUUGAUAACUGCGGAAAACAUUUUGUAACCGAAAAACUGAACUGCGGAGCGGAAAAGCAAAUUUGUAUUGCAUGUGUAGGACAGUGAUAUAAUAUCGCCUCUAUCAGAAAAAUGUGUAAAAAACAAAAAAAUAUGUCUGUAAGAGAGAUAUUGUUUCUACAAAAAAGAUGUCACACGAAUGUAAAAAAUGUGUAAAUAAAUUAUAUGUUUACGUUUCUCAUAU